AUGCCUUUACACCCGGAGCUGUCCACGGCAUCUCUUAUAAAAUUGACGUCAUUUUUAUGUUGGAGUUGGUCAUACAUUUAUUGCGCGGCAAAAGUACCUGGGAAGUGCCCCGAGUGGUAUUCCAGGGCGGUGACCCUGGUACAUGGCAGUGUGGCUACGCUGGCGGGGCUGUGGCAGUGCGACGUUCUCAAUUUAUCACGAAAACGUCUAACCAGUAAAAUAACAGCGGCUCACUAUUCCGUGAUGGUGUGGUCAUGGGGUUACUUCGCAUUCGACCUUCUCUGGUGUAUUAUAUAUUGGACGGAUAGCUACGUGAUGCUGAUUCACCAUCUCAGCGCCCUGAUCGCCAUAAACGUUUACAUGGGGAAAGACUAUACUGGCUGCACUUUUCCAUGCACAUUGGCGUUGAUGGAAAUAACAAAUCCAUUACUGCAAGCAAGAUGGUUCUUAAGAUAUGAAGGAUACGAUAAGGUCAUUUUAUAUUAUGUGGUGGAGAUAAUAUAUCUGAUAUCAUUCAUAGGACUGCGAGGUAUAUUUGGGACUUACUUGACAUAUAAAAUAUUACACUCGGACAUAUUUGACAUGGAUGAAAAAUUAAUAUCACUUGUGUUCUACAUAGUGUCCCUAAUCUUCAUCUCUGAAAUCAUAGGCUAUGUUGCCUACAAAUAUAAGACAAAAAUUGAGGAAUUCAAGGGAUUUCUUAUUGAAGUUGGAUACAUAUUAAAUGGACACUGGUGA